CCGGAAAUGUCAACCGAAUGACUGCGAAUCGAAGUGGCUGCAUUAACUAUAUUUUCCCUUUGUAAUACAUGAUGAAAUGCUAAUUUAAAAGAUAAAGGAGUGAUACAACAUCGUCUCAGAGCAAACAGCGAAUAUGACAAAUGUGUAUUCUUUCGAUGGCAUCCUGGUAUUUGGGCUGCUGUUCAUCUGCACUUGUGCGUACCUUAAAAAGGUCCCUCGACUCAACAGCUGGCUGCUGUCAGAGAAGAAAGGAGUGUGGGGUGUUUUCUACAAAGCUGCAAUAAUUGGGACACGGCUUCACAUCGCUGUGGCAGUAUCCUGUUUGGCCAUGGCUUUCUACAUUGUCUUUUUAAAAUGAUAGAUUGAGAAUGGACUGGAGAAGACUAGCUUGGUGCUGGCUGGGGAUGGACCCAUCUCUGUGGUCAUGUGCUAAUAAUCCUUGUUGUGGGACAUCUCUUGGAUUACAUGACUGAUGAAACCUCAAAGGCCCUGUUGGGUGGCCCCAUGUGGAAGACUAGCCGGUGCUGCCCCCUUCUGGUGACUGGGUACAUAACUCUUCCCUUAGUGAUGUGUGUGCACUACAGACAUGAAGGGCAUCCCGAAUAUACUCCACAGGGAGCCUGCCGGGUCACAUGUCAUCAUUCUGUUGUACCGUAACACUGUUUAUUGUCUCCAUCCACAACCCAUGAAUAUUUAUAAUGAAGGAUGCAGAGGAUAUGGGGGCAGUGUGUGUGCACAACUAAUUAAAGCUGUAUACAACCUGAAAGUAGCCUAGCUGUAUAUAUUUGGAAUAUGACCAAUAGAGAUUUGCCAGGUUAUGUGUGAUCAAACUGAAAUUGAUCAAUUCUGCUUGCUCCCAGCUGUGCUGUUUUAUCUGUCACUUCUGUUAAGGUUUGAGGGGGAAGAGAAACAAAGCUAAUAUAUGAAGAUGCUAUUGUGUACAUCAUAUUUUCCAUUUUUUGCAUAACUCAUCUUUACUUAACAGUGCUAUUUGGCAUUUCUUAAACUUUGUUUUAAGUUUGAAAUAAGCAUUUUGCCCAGGCAUAUGCUGCUUUUACUUUAUUAUAAAAGAUAACAUAUUUUAUAUGUCAAGUUGUUACAAAUGAAACUGUUGGUCAUGUUGGUAUCAAAGUUACAAUUGUAGGACACUGAAGAAAGAAAAGUAAUGUGUCACUUUGUCAUGUAAAUUGGAUAACAGACAUGCCUGAAGAUUUAAAUGCAAUGCCACAUGAUUUUCAUGCAAUCUCAAUUACAUUCUAUAACUUAAGGUUAAUUUCUGCCACUUUGUUUUUUUUUUAAUUUUUUAAAGAAAGAUGUUUGGGGAAAGGGAUGCAAUGCAAUUUUAAGUAAAAUAUUAAUCAGACAAUUUCUGUGUCUUCAUCUUUAUAACAAAGUAAGAUCAAAAUUGAUAUUCACA